CCAAGAUCAUUUCUCGUUCGUCGCAAUGAAGAGCCCAUUCAUUGUCAACCCGUUUCUAGAACUCCAUCUGACCACAUCCGACCGCACGAGCCUUGUUGAGUUGGCGAACCAGUGUAUUUCGACCAAUCUCGAGCUGUGUAUGAAGUAUUUCGACAACAAACGCAGAGUCGACACAGCUCAUUGGAAGUCGCUCAAAGAGAAGGAGAAGCUCAAAGUGUAUUCCGAGCGACCGGAAGGAGUAGCUGCUGCUACCGCUGCUGGGAAUGAACCGACAGGCUCGGGACUACCAAUGAUCUUAUGUGUCGGCACCAAAGAGGGCAAACUAGACGACUUGAUGUACGGUUUGAUAAGCGAAGAUCUUGAGACGAUGCGGAUGAAAACUUCAUCAAAAGUACUGAUCAAGUGGAUGGAGCUGGACAUCCCGUUCCAUUCGACAAACCUGGUUAAGAACCGCGACUACGUCUAUCUGGAAGGCACAGGAUACGUUACUUACUCGAAAGGAGAACGUCUGGGUUACCACUUACUCCACUCAGUAAAUUUCCCUCGAACCCAUUCAUUACCGAACCGAGUUCGAGGCAACCUCUCUAUCGUCGCCUUCUGGAGGCAACUCGGACCUAACACCUUGGAGUUGUACGCGACCGGUGUCAUGGACCCUGUCGACGCUGGCUUGGUGCGUAGACUCGUGGUAUCAAACAUGGCGAGUUUGUUCCUGUCGAGUUUAAAGUACGCGUAUUGCGGACAGAUGCGCAAGCUCUCGUUCAUGCUCGAACGUCGCUACGAAGAGUCCAAGCUGCAUGGUGCUCCGAACAAGAAACACGUCUGUGUCACGUGCGCAUCGUCGAUCUCUAGUCGGAAACUCGGAGACUUUGGCAAGAGCAACAGUACGUGCAAGAUGUGCUUUGGUCUUGUGUGCAACAUGUGCAAGAUCGUCCGCAAAUUGAGCUUCGUAGACCCGGAUCUGCUGCUCUCGCAACGCAAAGUGACGUUCUGUACCGCGUGCAUUAGUGAAGUGACAAGCAUGAAUGCAAUUGACGUCGCGAGGGCUAAUUUGAUGGCUAGAAAGCGACAUAACGACACGAACUCUAGCGCUGACAGAGCGCUGUCUUCCGGCGCUUACAGCACGGAACUCUCCUCCUCCGCGGGCUCUCGAUCGGCUUUCUUGUGUUCUUUUUUCUAUAAGAUAAAAUUACGCCGGUACUGA